CCCGCCAAACACUCAGCCGUGACGCCAGCAUCGACGUUAAGACGCCUGACGUUUCCUGUCCAGGCUGUUUAGAGAGGCUCCACCCAGAAUCACGACAACUUGUUUGUUGGUUUCUUUUAUAUAUACCCAUCCUUGUUCUUGUCUCUUGGCGUUCCAUGAGAUCAAGGGCCCUUCAGUUUUCCACACCUUUUUCUCUCUCCAACUGAUUCUAUUCGUAUUUUUUUCUCUCACUUAUACUCCUCUCCUUUCGUAUACAAGCACCAUACUAUGGUGCGAGCGCUAGGAUGGGCCUUUGCGGCCCUCCUUUCGGGCGUGUCCGCCAACCGUCUGCUCUGGGACCGCCAGUCGACAUAUAACAGCACCCACGAGCCCUGCCAAGUCGCGCGUAAAGCCGCCGAGUUCGGGAUGGGAUCUCGAAUCAAGCCGUCGCUGGCCCUGGCCUGCCUGGCAUCCGCCCCCCUGAACCUUGACAGAGACAUUGAGCUAAUCGACUCCCUAAUCCCCUACGUCGAGCAGCAGAGCACCAUAGGAUACCUCAAAAACCCUCCUGACAGCUACCUGUAUCCGCCUAUCGACCUCAUCGGUGGCCUCAAGCAGAUUAAGGAGAAGCUGCGGGCGGGCGGCUACAGGUCUCAGCUCGACUUUGCCUGGGAGGUCAACGCCAUCUACAACCAGGUCUACGAUGGCCACUUCGACUACCGGCCCGCACUACUGACCGUCUUUGGCUUCCAGGUCAGCCGCUCUCUCGUGUCGGUGUCCAAGGACGGCAUCGAGCUGCCCAAGGUGUACGAUGCUGAAGACCUGCGGAAGCAGGCCAAGAGCAAGCACUUUGAACCUUCCGAGGUCGUCAGCAUCGACGGUCUCGCCAUCGUUGAGUACCUGCAGAUUGUUGCCGCCAACAGCGCCCUCCAAGACCCGGACGCGCAGUACAACAAUCUCUUCUCCUCCCCGGCGACCCUCGCUCGUGGUGGUGGCCGCUACUUUACGAGCGGCGGAUAUGUCGAGCUCCCCGACUCCAGUAUUUACAAGUACGCUAACGGAUCCGUCAAAUCCUUCCCCAACUAUGCAGUUAUACAACAGGAUCUCACAGAUAUCGAGAACGGCCGGGAUCUGCACCUGGCGUACGAGAUCCCGGCUCCCGAAAAAGCCGCCGUGUCGUCGUCGCUGUCGGUCAAGGCAACUGCGACGACCACAUGGACCACGUCGUCGACUACGGGCACAACGACAGCUACCACCACAACUAACAGCAGCAGCGGCACCACCACGUCUUCUUCGUCCAAGGCGAAAGCCACCAAGGCCAGCAAGAACGGUAAGACGAAGGCCAAGACUUCAAAGACGCCCGCCGCGGCGCCAACGGUGGUGGGCUACCCCUACCCCGUGGUGAAGCACUACAACGAUUACAUCGCGGGGUACUUCCUCAACGAGACCGAGUACAAGGACGUGGCUGUGCUCUCCAUCUUCUCCUUCUCGCCCAAGGCCGGCGCGACGCGGACCACGCGCGAGUUCCACGAGUUCCGGCGCGUGGUGCGCACCUUUAUCAGCGAGUGCCGCAAGGCCAAGCGCACCAAGCUCAUCAUCGACGUCCAGGCCAACGGCGGCGGCCUACUCUUCCAGUCGUACGAACUGUACCGCAACCUCUUCCCCAAGGCCGACCCGCCCUUUGACGGCACCCGCAUCCGCGCGACCGACGCCUGGGACGUGAUCGGCAAGGACGUCUACGGCACCAAGCAGGAGCGGUCCGCGUUCAACAACAUCCUGGACAAGGACCUGAAGCGCUACGCGGACUGGAAGGCCGUGCAGGGGCCCUUCGCCACCAAGGAGGACAAGUUCUCCAGCAUCCUCCGCUACAACUUCACCAAGGCGGACACGGUCGGCGAGCCGGGCUUCGUGGUGUCGGGCUACGGGCCCGACGACUCGCCGCCCGAGCCGCACUUUGAGGCCAAGGACAUUGUGCUCGUGACGGACGGCUUCUGCGCGUCGACGUGCACUAUCCUGGCGCGCAUGCUGACGCACCACCAAAAGAUCAAGACGCUGGCGCUGGGCGGGCGGCCGCUCAAGGCGCCCAUGCAGAUCGUGGGCGGCGUCAAGGGCGCCCAGGUCAUCAAGUACAACAUCUUCCAGCAGAUGCUCAGCAACGCGCUGCGCCAGCUCGCCCCGGGCGCCGCCGGGCGGCCCGAGGGCCUCCCCCGCACCGACCGCGACCUGCCGCUGAUGCCGCUGCUGGCGAGCCUGCAGUUCAACUUCCGCAACGCGUACCGCGACGCCGACGCGCAGGUGCCGCAGCAGUUCGUCUACGAGGCCUCGCACUGCCGCCGCUUCUACACGUACGACAUGACGCGCAAGCCCGCCGAGGCCUGGAAGGUGGCGGCCGACGUCGCCUUCCGGGGCGGGAAGUGCGUCGAGGGCUCGAGCACGGGAAGCGACGGCACUCUUGGCACGGAGCCGCCCCGGCUGGACCGCGACAAGGUCAGGGCCAAGCACCCGGCCUACGACGGCCCGGGCUCCCGCGCCUACGCGGACCGCAGGCUGCCCGAGGCCAAGGCCGGCACCAGGCGCUGGGAGGCGGCGGCCCGCCGGGCGUCGCGUAGGGACCUGGACGCCCGCGGCCUGUCGGCGCACGACCUUGCCCUCAUCAACAGGAGACCUAAGGAGGUGCCGAGCAAUGGCUGGUGGGACCACACGGGCUUUUAAGGCUCCUGUCUGGUUAGUAUGGCUUUAUUUCUAUCCUCGUUUCAUUUUUGUUUUACUGGCUGGACUUUUAUAUCAUUGAUAGCGUGCAUUACCGUGUUUGUUUUUUAUGCGUUCUUGUUUACCCAUUUUAUCACUUUAGCCGGUAGCACAUAAGGUCUCGUUGACUUUGCGUUGAAAAGUCGAACAUGAAAAGCUUUGCAUCUCAUCGUAUAAGCCAGCGACCUCAUUCUAUACUUGUUUGGCUGGACAGUUUUUGGCUCUAAUUCUAUCUCUAUCCUUGAACAAUGUAUGGGCCGAAUGUAUGACCGAGAAUAAGAAAAGUCAACAAAACAAAAGCUGCAGGCCUCACAGCUGCUCUGCGAGC